ACACCCAAAUAUUCGCGCAUGCGUAGAUUAAUAAAAACACCCAAGUGUACAUUUUCCAACAUUUAUCGUAUUUUUAACCCUUUUCAAUAGACUGAUACAUAUUUUUUACAUAAAAUGUAAGCAUAAUUACUACAUAUGAUGACAUACAAUUUCGCCAGUUAAUUCCGCUUGGGUUUGCGUCGAGCAAGAGAAAUGGCAACCGCGAACGACAUGGAAUUGUCAGUGUCAAGGCAGUACAAGUCCCAAGUGUCAGAGAGUGGUCAGUCAGAGAGAGGCAGUACGAUGGUGGAUGGUAAGACUCUGGGGACCAUGGCCAAGGAACGGGAACGGAAGAUUGGCCACAGACGAGUGGACGAGAAGGGAUUGGUCACAUACAAGAAGCGUCCCACCAGUGAACUGAUGGCUGCCAUACAGCUGGGUAUAGGACAGAGUGUGGGCGGGCUGUCAUCCAAGCCAGAGAGAGAUCUACUAAUGCAGGACUUUGGUGUUGUGCAAUCGGUUGUCUUCCCAAACGAGGGCAGUAACAUGACCCCUGCACAUCACUACAGUGACUUCAGAUUCAAGACGUACGCUCCCAUGGCGUUCAGAUUCUUUCGAGAACUGUUCAACAUUCGACCCGAGGACUUUAUGCUGUCCCUAUGUGAUGCUGCAAUGACAGAGUUAUCCAACCCUGGUGCGGGUGGUAGCAUAUUCUACAUCUCGGCAGAUGAUGAGUUCAUUAUCAAGACUGCACAACACAAGGAGGCCAACUUCCUUCAGAAACUAUUACCUGGUUAUUACAUGAAUUUAAACCAGAACCCACGGACGUUGCUGCCAAAGUUCUAUGGGCUGUAUUGUUACCAGUGCGGAGGCAAGAACAUCCGCUUUGUGGUGAUGAACAACAUCCUGCCCAGCGUGGUGAAGAUGCAUGAGAAGUAUGACUUGAAGGGGAGCACAUACAAGAGGAAGGCCUCCAAGACUGAGAGGGCCAAGUCUGCACCCACCCUGAAGGAUCUGGACUUCAUGGAGUUGCACCCAGAGGGUCUUAUGCUAGAAAAAGACACUUAUGAUGCCCUGGUGAAGACCAUACAGAGGGACUGCAGGGUGUUGGAGAGUUUUAAAAUCAUGGAUUACAGUCUGCUGGUGGGAAUACACAACCUGGACAUGGCCAAGAAGGAAAAGGAGUCUGGUACGUCCAACCUGAAUGCUACCACUACAAGCACAGGGGCUGGGCUCUCCACCUCAGACAGAGUCAACUUUGAGACGCCCGAAAGCGGUAAAAACAAAGCAGGUCUGGCACGAGGCAAGUCCAUGCGUACGAAGGUGACCCAAUACUCGACCCCCAUGGAGUCCAUACAGGCUGAAGUGAGGGACAUGUUGGAAGAGUUUGAUGCAGAUGACAUCCCGCCCGGUGGUAUACCCGCUAAGAAUGCUCGAGGUGAGAGACUGCUACUGUACCUGGGUGUCAUAGAUAUCCUGCAGUGCUACCGGUUCAGGAAGAAGUUUGAGCAUACCUUUAAGUCCAUGAUCGCGGAUGGGGACACCGUCUCCGUGACCAACCCAAGCUUCUAUUCCGAGAGAUUUCAAAAAUUCUGUAUAAACACUGUGUUCAAAAAGGCACCAUCUCAACUAAUACAGGAUGGCAGGGCCUGGUUUGGUCUUGGUUGGGAUCAAGCACUCAAACAUUCCCCGUCCAAGAAGAAGCCAGGUGACCGCGGUCCUCGCUCGCAGAGUAUGAACGACUAUGACGACAAACUACCGGGAACCACAGGCGCCAGACCGGAUCUUCUGAUUGGCAGUUCCACUUCGUCAACUCCGCCCCCUUCAUUUGACGAGGCAGUGACAGGUGCCCGCCCCCGCACCCACACCACCCCCCUACCUGUCGUACACACGGACACUUACAGAUCAGAGAGGCCGGACCCGAUGUUGUUUCGUACGAUCCCCCAGCAGGACGCGGUGGCCAAGAUCCGUCAGUCUCCCGUGAGUGUGUCAGAGUCGACUCCGACCUACACUGACUACACUGAGGGGACCCCCAGCUACACUCCCUCCAGUCCAAGCAUGUCUAGCGAUGUACUGGAUGCUGCCAUCCCCAACCUGCCAGUGGACUCAGCCACCCCCUCCCUGAACAGUUCCCCUACCAAGUUCAUGGCUCUGUCCCACAUAGAGAACUUUAUCAAGAAAAGGUGGUGGAAAAAGAGCAAGGUUCCAUUUGUGAAGGCUGCCAGUAUGACCUCAGAGCAAUCUAGCACUGUAUCACCGGGCCACACGAGCCAAGAGACCUCCACAACACAUCGUAGCAGCCACUCCUCCACACACACAGUCAACAAGACCACUAUAGAGAUAACGUCUGGAGCCCAUAGUGGGGUCAAUGUAGACAGCGUACAAGUUGAGUUUGAUGAAGAACCAGCAUUGAAAACCUUGGACACUUCAUCUGGGUUGUCGAUCGGGACAAGUGUUGAUGUUGGUUACAGAUACUCUACCGUCAGUUUUGACGUUGAUAAAGUUGAAUCUGGUGUGGUUGUUGGCUCGAAUUACUCAUCUGUGACAGAUGGUGAUCACAGAAGAGCGGGUGACUCAACGGUACAUUCGGGUUCUCGACCACAGAGUGUUGGGUUCAAUGUAUCUGCAAAUGCGGGGGAGGAGAGUGAAGAACAAGGAGAUAUACCGGAGUCGACCUAGGUACGUGGGACGUGAUGGCUUGCCUCUAACACAUUUAUGAAGGGCACAUCACCAUAGAGAUCAUGAAGUAUUGUACCGGAAUUCCAUAGGACAUAAACAGUUUGUAACAAGCAUUGUGAUUGGUCUAGAACAAAACACACUGUUUAACAAGCAUUAUGAUUGGUCAAGGAAGAAAACAAAUCUAGUAUUCAUACUGUUUAGUAUUGACUUGAGAAUGUCUGUGAAGCAAAACUUUAUAAACAUCCAUAAGUGUGUGAACAAAACUUACAAAAUACAGUUUUACCAUAAAAUACUAGUAUAUGGAUCAAGCCUCCUGCUUGGUCAUCCCAGAGUGCUCUACCAGGCAGAUGAAACAUGCAAUUUGAUUGGACAUCCCAAGAGAAAGAUGUGAUUGGUCAAAUCUGUGCUUACAGAAAACAGUGAUUAAAGGGACAGACAAAUAAGACAUAAUUAUUGUAAAUGUUUGUCAAGCUCUCAUCUUUCCUAAGUUUGUUUAAAUCAAGCUUUGUACAUUUAUUAUGUGUUAUUUUCCAGCUAUCUGCCAUAGUAACAGAAUUUUCUUUUGUGAUUAAUUGCAUUUUGUAAGGAUCAGCAUGAUUGGUUGGACAUUUUAAAUAGGGCUUAGACACUAUAAAUUAAACCAAUCAUGAGCAAUGUUACAAAUGGUCUCAGUUGAUCUGAGAAUAUGGACAAGCUGAUGGUGUGAUUUAUUUAUUAACAUUUCCAUGUCUGACAUAUAUAUGGUAUAGAUCAAACUCUGUUUUAAUAGUUGGAUGUUGUAGAUGGAUGUGUUGUAAAUGUGUAAACAAAUGUGAUGAUUCUUUGAGAAGAAAGAAUGGUGUGUAAAUAUUGGGGGAAUUCUGUACAAUAUACAAUACAAAAAUUAAUUUGUUUAACAUUUUGCAUAUGAUUGACAAUAAUAAAAAACAAGCAAUUGACAGGACAUUGUUUAUAUUAGUUUAUUUAAAGUUUUGUGAAACUUUCAAUUAAAAAUUGCUUGGAAAACCAGAAAACCACACACAAAAUUAAUUCUUAAUCAAUGCACAAACACAAUUGGUUAUUAAAGACACAAACAGUUUUUAUUCUGUUAAAUGGAAGAUGAUUCUUGGUCCUGAUUGAAAGUCACAUGUGAGCCUUGCUCUGAAAAAACAGGCUUAACACUUUGCAUGCUGGGAAAUUUUUCAUCUGCUAAAAUGUCGUCUGCUGAAAUUCUAAAAUUAGCAUUUUCUUCGAUUUUUUUUCAAAGAAUACUAUCAGAAUAGCAAACAGUUUGGAUCCUGAUGAGACGCCACAUUCUGUGGCGUCUCAUCUGGAUCCAAACUGUUUGCAAAGGCCUUCAAAGUUCGGUUGCAGCACUGAAAGAGUUAAUGCAUGUGCAUAGAGCUACAUGUAUCUGCAUAGGCUUAUCAGGGACAACACUUUUGGCUUUUUUUUCCUUUCUUUUCGCUUAAUGAAAGGUUUUUUUAGCGAAAAAGGAAGGGUAUGUGAGAGUUAUUUCUGAUUAGCCUGUGCAGACUGUAAAGGCUAACCCGGGACAACACUUUAAACAAAUGCAUUAAGCCCUGUUUUCUCAGAGCUCUGCCCAUAUAACAACAUGUGGGCUUGUUACAAUGGUUGUAUUUCACUGCAUUAUUUGUAAAAGUUUCUUUUUUUUAAUAUUCUGAAAGGUAGGUAUUUAUUUAUUGGAAAUUGCUUCUUUAAAAAAAAAUCUUCGGAGUUACAAUGUUGUGCAUAAACUUUAGUCAUCAAUUAUCUGUUAUUCAUCAUAAAAUAAUUAUUAAAUAUUUUGUUUAAUUGCAAAUAUAUUUUAUUUUUAUAAUAUUAUAGUUAUUAUUAAUUUCCUCAAAUGUUAUCAUGAUAUAUGUAUUCAUUUCUUUGCUGAUGUUUAUUGGUAUUGGCAAAAUACUGUAAAAUCGUUUAUAUUUGUUGAAAUUAAAUAUUUUGUUUUUUGAAAAAUGUCUCUUGUGGAACACUUGAUUUUGUAGAUCUGAUUUUGGGUGGGUAAUUUUCCAAUGUGUUUGUGUUCUAUUGGUGGAUCAGUCAACUCUCCAAAUCAAUGAACAUUUAUAUCCGACAAAUAAUAAUGAUUUUACAUUACCAUGGCUUCAAGUGUGAUGAACCUGUUACAAGCAAAUACAACAUAAUCAUCGGUGCAUUAAGGGAGAUUUUUACUUAAAACUGUUCAAAACCUUAAUUUCCUGUGUUUUUGCUUUUUUUUUUUAAUUUUCUGAAGUUAAGCAUGGUUAAAGUGCUUAAUGGGUGUAUUUUACAUGGAAAUAUAAAGUAGAUACAAUUAAUCUUAACACUUGAUUAAUUUGAUGAUUAUUAUAAAUUGUGUAUAGUUUGUAAUUGAAUGUUAUUCAUGUAUUUCUGGGGUCAGAGACAAAUAUUAUAUAUCUUGGUGUUUUGAAAUUAUACCAUUUUUAUGAUGGAGUCACCAUGCUUAUAACGUUCACAUAUGAGCCUUGUUCUGAGAAAACUGGGCUUGCAUGUGCAUAAAGUGUCGUCCCAGAUUAGCCUGUGUUUGCACAUGUACAUAAGGGAUGACACUUUAUACUUUAAUUGGAUUUUUUGCAAAGAAGAGACAUCAGACUAAAGCAGAAAGUGUUUCCUUGAUUAGUAUGUGUAGACUGCACAGGCUUAUCUAGAACAACACAUUACACACAUGAAUUAAGCCCCGUUUUCAGAGAGCUCGGCUCCAAUUACUGGAUAUUUAUUUUCAUAUUUAUUUUCUUAAUCUAGUAGAGCAGUAAAAAGUGGUGUUACUUCAUUUUUAAAAAGUGAAUGGGAUGGUAAACUGUUUCGCUUUGAAUUGUGUAUUUACACCUUCUUUUUCACAUGGUUUAUGACACUAUAAACCAUGGUUUUAGCUUUUAUUUCCAGAUAUUCAAUUGCAAACAUUUUAUUAAGCUAACUUGCAUUGUAAGAAUUUUUUGUGUACUGUGUAUAUUUAGUUAGUUUUAAAAGAAAGGCGUAUUUGUAAAAUAAGCAUUUUUCAAAAUACAUUUAAUUUGACUGCACAAUAUUAGUUUACAACCAAUAAGUGAUUUUCUUUCAAUGCUCAAGUUAAAAAAAAAAUAUUAUCCUCAUUUCGGGACAAUUGGGCAUAAAGCAUGUGCUUAAAGUGUUGCCCCAGAUUAGACUAACCAUGGGUGACACUUUCGACUUUUAUGGAUUUUUGUGUUAAAUAAAGUCUCUUCUAAACGUAUAUCCAGUGUGGGCAGAAAGUGUCUUCACUGAUUAAAUUAGAGUUAUACUACGAGACUGGGUGAACAUAAACCAGGCUUAAUAGUUGUAUUCUCAUGUCUGUUACCUCAUUCAAUUAUGCGGACUAAAGGCUGUAUUUAAAGUACAUGCAUCUGUAUAAAUUGUACUGCCAUUAUUAGUUAAUUAUGGAAGCAUUCUCUUUGUUUAAUAAAUGUUGCAUUAAUUUUA